GUGCUGUCGGCGGCGUGCCUGCACCCCCGCCUCGCGGCGAACCUGGUGCAGGUUGCGGAGGCCGCGGCCGCCCACGCGCUCUUCUCCACCCUGGGGAAAGACUCGAGAGUCAGGGCCACCUUCAUCGCCGACGAUGGCAGUGGUUCCUCUACUGCUGGAGCGGGGGGGGAAAAGGCGUGGAACGGAGAGUGGACAACGUUCUACGACGCAAGGGACGCCGAUGACGGCUGGACUGCAGCUGACUUAGGCAGGAAUGUUGCGGUCUCGGAGAUCCAGUUUUUGGCCCGGCCCGGCUAUGCGCAUCGCAUGACUGGCGGGAGAUUCGAGGCGACGAAUGACAUCACAUCGGACGUAUGGGACGUGUUGCACACAAUCACCACGCAACCCGCGGACAGCCCCACCAUCAAUUCUGUCGUUCUGAGAGCUGGGCCAUCCUUCCGGUACAUCCGUUAUUGCAGCCCCUCUGGCGGUCAUUGCAACAUCGCGUGCGUCGAUGUUUUCGGUCAGGUGGAGCCCACGUUGGCGUGGGCGGCGUUGGUGAAUGUGGUGUGGGCAUCUCAGCAGUGUUACUGGUCUAGGCCGCGGUGGCGAGGUGUAAACUUCGGUGGGUGGCUGCUGCUAGAGCCUGGGCCGAGCUGGCGACUCUGGGCGGAGGCCGGGUCUCCAGAGGGCGUGGAGGACGAGUACGGCCUCUGCUUGCACCUUCGGGCCACUGGGCGCCUGGGCAUAAUAGAGGAACACCGCAGGACGUGGAUGACGGAGGAGACGUUCAGGCGUCUGGCUCUGCGAGGCCUCAACGCCGUGCGCAUCCCCUUCGGCUACUGGAUCGUGACUGGGCCCACCUGCGGAGAGCCCUUCGUUGGGCCGGGCCUCGAGCACCUCGACCGGGCGGUCGACCUCGCCGAGCGCUUCGGCUUCCAGGUGGUGCUGGACCUCCACGGCAACCCGGGCGGCGAGUCCGGCGCCGUGCCCACCGGCCGGCGCAACCCACGGUGGACCGAGGCCGACUGGCGGCGCGAGGAGGCGCUGCAGGUCCUGGCCGCGGUCGCGGGCCGCUUCGCGGGCCGGCGGUGCGUGGCGGGGAUCCAGGUGGCCAACGAGCCUUCGCCCAAGAACAGCAUGCGCGCCCUCUGCGACUGGUUCGAGAAAGCCAUUGGUGUUAUAAGGGCCGCUGGCAUGGCAGCGGACCAGGCCGCGGUCGUGCUGCCGAUCUACUUUCACGACCGCCUGGAGGCGUUCGCGUCGACGUGGGCGGCCCGCGGCAACUUCCUGCGCUUCGAGCACGUGGUUCUGGACCUGCACUACUUUCACUGCUUCGGCGCAGGGUGGGAGCGCCUGUGCCACGAGGGCCACCUGGCCGUAGCGGACAGGCAUGGCAGCGUGCUGCGCUCGCUGCCAGGCGCAGUUGUCGGGGAAUGGUCCCUGGCGCGCCCGGCGGAGCUUCCUGUCGCUGACGGCAUGGAGCGUCGGUUCGCAGAGAGGCAGCUGCGCGCGUACGACGCCGCAUCGCACGGCUGGUUCUUCUGGAACUAUCCACCU